UGUUCAAAGAAGAGACGCCAUUUUGAAUUAGAGAUUUGUUAGAAUCAACCAUAAAACCUGGAGAUUUUCACUAAAAAUUAAACAAAAAAGCCUUUAAUUCUCAAAGUGAAGGUAUCCACCAUGUCUUCGCAGGGAACUUCGUUGAGAAUUCCUCUCAACUGUGCUGCAGGAGCUGUUCCUGUGCGAAACGAGAAGGGUGAAAUCACUAUGGAAAAAGUGAAGGUUACCAGAUAUGUUGCUGGAAAAAGGCCAGAGUAUGCCAAAUAUUCCCGCGAUGAAGAGGAAGAUGAAAUGGAAGUAUUUGGAGAGCAAGUUAAGGGUGUACCCAAUGAGGACCAGGAUCUAGAGAAGGCAUUUGAACAAGCAGAAAAAACAGACAGAAGAUUGAGACGGCUUCAAGAAAGAGCCAAAGAUGAUGAAGAAGGGGAAGAUGUGAGACAUCGUCUGCAUGAACCAGAGGUUAUCAUGACUGGAGACCAUGAACUUUCUGGAGACGAGAUUGAAGCAGAAACAAGACAAAGAUUAAUUCCAAUGGAAGAGGAAAGCAGUGAUGAAGAAGAACUUGACGAAGAGGCUAUAGAAAGAAGGCGUGAGAUACUCAGACAGAAAGCUCGUCAACAGCAACAAACAGAGCAAGAUUUGUUGGACAUAGAGGAUGAAGCCAAGUCGGAAGCAGAAGAAGAAGAAGAUUCAUCAGAAUAUGAAGAAUAUUCAGAUUCAGAGGAAGAAACAGGACCUAGAUUGAAACCAGUCUUUGUCAGAAGGAGUGACAGAGUGACUGUUCAAGAACGAGAAAAAAUGGAAGUGGAUGAAGAAAAGAAAGAAGAACAAAAGAAAAAAGUAAUGGAAGAAAGAAAGAAGACUUCAAGAAAGCUGGUAGAAGAAUUGAUGCGGAAAGAAAGACAGGAAGAGCAAGGAGUCGAAAAAGAAGAACAAGUUGUGAUAUCUGACACAGAAAAUGAUGAAGAAGCGUAUGAGGCCUGGAAGCUGCGUGAACUGAAACGAAUCAAGAGAGACCGAGAUGAGAGAGACCAGAUAGAAAAAGAAAGAUUGGAAACAGAGCGCAUACGUGGCAUGAGCGAGGAACAGCGCCGUCUUGAAUUCAAAACUAAUCCUAAACAAGUCACCAAUAAGUCCGUCAAGGGCAAAUACAAAUUUUUACAGAAAUAUUACCAUCGUGGAGCGUUCUUCCUGGAUGAGGAAAAUACUGUCUAUAAACGUGACUUUGCCACACCGACACUGGAAGAUCACUUCGAUAAAACUAUUCUACCAAAAGUUAUGCAGGUCAAAAACUUUGGUCGAUCUGGAAGAACGAAGUAUACUCACCUGGCUGAUCAGGAUACGACUCAGUUCGAGUCCGCAUGGGCGCAGGAUAAUCCUCUCGCUGUGAAGUUCCAUUCUCUUCACGCCGGCGGCAGCAAGCAGUCCUUCGACAGACCGUCCAAAAAGAGAAAAUAAGCCAAAGUAUUCCUUUUGUUCAGCUCCCUUAAGUGUAUUCUAACGGCCUCCUAUCACUUCCUUUCUGUCCUUGGGUUUUUCCAAGGGAAUCGGGCUGUCGGGCAUAAUGGGGCUCAUUUGCGUCACAAGAUGGUGAAUAGGGUACUUGAGAUUUGCAAAUCUGCGACGGCGACGUCAACGGGAAGUGUAGAUAACUUUACUUUGGGAUUUCGCGCUUUCAAAGCCUGUCUUCCCUAUUUGGAUGAGUUCACUUUACUGACAUUGUUUUGAAUGAAAUAUCCAAUGAACAGUUCCCCAAAGAGAAAUUAUUUACACUUCCGGUUGACUUCAUCGUCGUCGUAGAUUUCACCAAUCGUAAAGUCCCUAAUACACGCACGCCCAUACGUCAUGAGAACUUGCUAUUUCCACCACAUAUAUGUUGGUUUUAACAAGAAGUGUACCUCACAAAUUGUUGCUAUAACAACUAACUGCAUUAUGGCACCGUUGCUAUGACGUCGUGUGGGUCGGAAUCGAUCACCAUUUAUCGCCUGGAGGGGGGAUCGAAGGAUCUAGGGUAGGGGGGAUAACAUGGUUUUUACACAACUGGCAGAAGGAUCAGCUACUCAUUGACCAGUCAAAGGGGGGAUUACACGAAGAUGAGAAAGUAGAAAGAACUAGUGACGGGGGGACAGUUAAUGGAAAAGAAGUGUCUUAUAGUGUAUUGGAGGGGGGGAUAAGUUGAUCUAACCAUGUCGCAACAAAAAUCUUCCGACCCUAACCAACCCAGCGUCGCAGGAAGAAGUGACAAAGAAACCGAAACAUCAAACUCUUGAAGAAGUAAAGCUCAGUUCGUUUUGUUUUGUAGAUAAAUCUCGAAUCAAAUAAAUUGCCUUUAACACCGUU